CUUUGUAUUUACUUUAUAAAGUGAAAUAAAUGGUUGGUUGAUUUAUCAAAAAAAGUUGUAUUGUAACUCACUUCUAAUUUUACCAUUGUUUUUGGAUGGUUUGAACAGAGCCUCAAAAAAGAAAUAUGUCAUGUUAUGUAGUUAAUCAUUGCUGUAAGACUGGUGUUAGCUUAUAUUUAAUUAAUUCACAACUUUCUUUCAAGAGGUAUAUUUUUAUUACACCAAAAAAUAUGCAACAAACUGUUGCACAAUUUGUGGAAUUAAGCAAAAAGUGGUUUUAUGGUGUUGAAUCUGCCACUCCUAUUUUUCUAGCUAAUGGAAAAGAUAUACAAGUCUUAACUCACCCAGAAGAAUUUUACAAAGAACUUUUGCUUCAAUCUUCUAUUGCUAAUAAACGAAUUUCUUUGGCAUCUCUCUAUCUUGGCAAUGGUGAAAAAGAAGAGAAGCUUAUUCAGGUAAUAUGUGAUAAUCUUAAAAAGAAGGAAAAACCUUUUGAAGUCAAUAUUUUGCUAGAGUAUACAAGAGGAUCUAGAGGUGCUAAAAGUUCUCGCACUGUUCUUCUUCCACUUAAGAAACAUUUUGGAUCAACAUCAACAGUUGCACUAUUUCAUACUCCUAAUUUACGUGGCAUUUUAAAAGCUAUUAUUCCACCAAGAUUUGAUGAAACUGUUAACGUUUCACAUGUAAAAGCAUAUGUUUUUGAUGAUACCUUAAUUCUAAGUGGAGCAAACUUGAGUGUUGAUUAUUUUACAAACCGGCAGGAUAGAUAUAUCAUAUUUAGAAAUAACAAAAUACUAUGCGAUUAUUUUCAAGAUCUCAUAAAGACUAUCUCCUCUUUUUCAUUUGCUCUUCAGAGCAGUGGUGAUGUUACAUUUGCUUUACCUCACAUCCAUCCUUACAAAGGAAGUAAAAAUGGCUUUAACAAAUUUGCAAAUAAGCAAUUAUGUGAGUUUACAGAACGUUACAAAAGUCAAUAUUCUAUUACUGAUGCAAUUAAAUCAAUAACACAGUUAAAUACUUUGAACUCCACCUAUGAUACUUUAAUAUUUCCUCUUUUGCAAAUGAAAAAUAUGGGAAUAACAACAGACGAACAGUUUACAACAAAUGUUCUUUCAACUGCUCCUAAUAAUUCUAAUUUAACUCUGGCUACAGCGUAUUUUAAUCUUACUGACAAUUAUUGGAAUAUGUUACUCAACAACCAUGCUCAGGGUGUUAAACUGAUUAUGGCACAUCCUAAAGCAAUGGGGUUUUAUAAGGCUCCAGGUCUUGCUGGUGGGGUACCAAAUGCUUACAGUCUAAUUUCUAAAUGGCGUUACAGAGAGUUGAUAAGAUAUAACCAAUAUGAAAGAAUACAGUUUCUGGAGUUUUACAGAGAAAAAUGGACAUUUCACGGAAAGGGGUUAUGGUUUUAUCUUCAGGAUAGUUUAGAUCAAAACAAAAAUAAAAAUACUUUUUAUAGUAACGAUUAUGCAGAUAUCUGCAGUCCUUUGUUGACUCUUAUUGGAUCUCCGAAUUUCGGUAAGCGUUCUGUUUAUCGUGACAUGGAAGCUCAAGUUGGCAUCGUAACUGUUAACAAAAAGUUACAGUUUGACUUAAUACAGGAACGUAAUAAUAUGUUGAAAGAUACAACGGUUGUUAACCUUGAAACAUUUGACGAGGAAGAAAGGAAGAUUAGUUGGUGGGUUUAUUUGAUAACAAAGUGUAUGAACGACCAGUUUUAAUAUAAACGUGUAUAAAAGAUAGCAAAGCGUAUAAACAACCACUUUUGUUAUGUUAUGUACGAACGAUAGCAACAUGUAUAAACACUCAGUUUUGAUAGGUUGUGUCAAUAUUAUUGCAUUUUGGUAA